AUGGAACGCUUCCUCGAGACCAAGGGGAAAAUGGCGCACGACCCGCUGACGUACAGGCGGGCAGGCUUCGCCGACGAGACCGAGGGCAAGAUGGAGCAGGAUCCGCUGAUGUACAGCCCGUGCAGCGCCGCGAGGGCCACGGCAACUGGCAUCCCCGUCGGCGACCAAGGUGUGGCAGUGCUACCGGGGCCCCUGAUCGUGGGCGCAGGGCCGGCGGGGCUAGCGUGCGCGGUGAGGCUCACCAUGGGAUCCGUGCCCUACGCGCUCCUGGAGCGUGACGUGUGUGUCACCUCCAUGUGGCACCGCCGCACGUACCGUAGGAUGUGCCUGCACCUGCCCAAGCACUACUGCGAGCUGCUGCUCAUAACCUUCACGCGCAGCUACCCCACAUACCCGAUCAAGCAGCAGUUCCUCGUCUACAUCGAUGAGUACAUACGCACCUUCGGCAUCCGCCCCUUCUUCCGCCAGGAAGUCGUCGCCGCCGAGCACGACGGCGAGUACUGGUGCGUGUGCACCAAGGAUGCCAUCGUCGGCCCCAUCAAUGGCGGCGGCAUAGAGUCCAUCCACUCGUCCGCUAGGGAGUACUGA